GCCCCACGGGAGACAGUGGCGUUUGCCCCGCCUCGAAGCGUCGCUGGGAAGGAGGCAUUGGAGGGCGGGACUCCAAAGAGGCAUCAAUUCAGAGCCAUCGCCCCUGGAGCCGAGACCCGCUGAGCUGUAUUCAAGCCCCGGACAGCCUUGGAGACCACCGAGAGAAAACCUUCACCAUGGAUCAACUAGCCAAUGCGAACACCCAUUUUGCCCUUGAUCUCUUCCAAAAGUUGAUUGAAGCCAACCCAACAGGCAAUAUCUUCUUUUCUCCACUUAGCAUGUGCUCUGCAGUUGCCAUGGUCUUCUUAGGGGCCAAGGGUGAUACAGCAACACAACUCUCAAAGACAUUUCACUUUGAUGGUGUUGAAGAUGUUCAUGUAAAACUCCAGAAACUCAGUACUACGAUAAACCAGAGCAAUGUCCCUUAUGUACUGAAGCUUGCUAAUAGGUUGUAUGGAGAAAAAACCUAUACCUUUUUGCAAGAUUACUUGACUAGCACUCAGAAGCUGUAUGGUGCAGAGCUAUCCACAGUAGAUUUCCUAAAUGCUGCAGAAAGUGUGCGAAACGAAAUUAACCAGUGGGUUGAGGGGCAGACUGAAGGCAAGAUUCGUGAAUUGUUAUCUGAAGGCUCUGUUAAUGAACUGACCAAACUGGUUCUGGUGAAUGCGAUUUACUUUAAAGGUAGCUGGGAAGAGAAGUUUAAAGAAGAGGACACUACGGAUAUGCCUUUUAGGCUCAGCAAGAAGGAAAAAAAGAAUGUGAAGAUGAUGUUCAUGAAAAAGAAAUUUCCUUUUGGUUAUAUUGACGAAUGCAAAUGUCGAGUGUUGGAACUACCUUACAAGGGAAAAGAGCUUAGCAUGAUCAUCCUGCUCCCUGAUGAUAUUGAGGAUGAUUCCACUGGCCUGGAGCGGCUGGAGAAGCAGCUCACCAUAGACAAACUCCAAGAGUGGACACUGCCCAGAAACAUGUAUUCUCACAAUGAAGUCUAUGUACACCUGCCUAAAUUUAAGCUGGAAGAGAGCUAUGAUCUUAAGACAUAUUUGUCAGCACUGGGACUGCGAGAUGUCUUUGAUGCUGGCAAGGCAAAUUUAUCUGGCAUGUCGGGAGCCCGUGACCUCCAUGUGUCCAAAAUAGUUCACAAGUCCUUUGUGGAAGUGAAUGAAGAGGGGACAGAAGCAGCAGCAGCAACAGCUGUAGCAGUGAUGUUAUGCAGCCUGCCCAUGGAAGACGACUUUAAUGCUGACCACCCCUUCCUCUUCUUUAUUCGUCAUAACCCAACAAGUACUAUUCUUUUCUUUGGGAAAUUUGCUUCUCCGUGAGAAGUAAAACAAUAAUAUAACCUCCUGAUGUCCUAGGCCACAAAGCUGAUCCCAUUGGAAUCAGUGUUGGUCCUUUACGUCUUUGAGAAAUUGAGCAUGUACUAAUGCUUUCCAAUUCUGAAACUUUCUAAGAAACUAGUACUGCUACAUUGUCAUGAUUGUAAGUCUCCGACAAAUUAUGGAAUCCUGUCUUCCCUGUAUAAAUAAUGCAAUGAUUAUUGCUAAAAUAAAGAUAAUUUCUUGAAGGAA